AUGGACCCGGGUGUCGACGAAUCUUGGGUUUCUUCUGACCCUGCUCUCCUCGGCCAGAACAAGAUCGAACUGCUGCUCCAAGAAAUGGAUCAGCUCGGUGUCGCACAGCUCAUUGUUGAUGUUGUCUCCAAACCCAGGGGUGUCGAUGAUCGUCAGCAACAGCUUCGAGUCGUCCUCGUCCAAAAUCUCCACAGACGUUUCUGUGAUGGCUAUGCCGGGCUCCUGGUCGGCGUUUUCCGGGUCAAACACCUUCUCGUACUCGGCCGCAUCGUUCACAACACCGCUCAGGUUCGCAAAAGUGAUCGUCUGACGAGUCACCUCACCCCCACUGGCCUUGCUGUAUUGGUACCUAUGUGGAAGAAUGUUGCGAUCCAACAAAGAGUUGAUGAACGAGGUCUUUCCCGUUCCCGAACACCCGCACACCAUCAUGGUGAACCGGAUUCCUCGCUUCAGGUCCUUUUGGCGUCUAAGGACGGCAGAUGA